GCCGAUGCUGCCCCCUUUCCGCUCCAUUCCACGUCGCCUGGCGCUGCAACCAGCACAUGUAGUUUCCGCUUGCAGCCCUGCGGACUAGGAGACCCCCGCUUGCCCCUGAGCUGCCAGGGCCCGCACGGCUCCCAGCGUGUCGACAUGGGAAAAUCCUUUUCUCAUUUGCCUUUGCAUUCAAAUAAAGAAGAUGCCUAUGCUGGACACAUACCAGGUGAAACCAUGAGUAAUGGAUUGGUUAGUAAUGAAGUCCAUAAUGAGGAUGGAAGAAAUGGAGAUGUCUCUCAGUUUCCAUAUGUGGAAUUUACCGGAAGAGAUAGUGUUACUUGCCCCACUUGUCAAGGAACAGGAAGAAUUCCUAGGGGACAAGAAAACCAGCUGGUGGCAUUGAUUCCAUAUAGUGAUCAGAGAUUAAGGCCAAGAAGAACAAAGUUAUAUGUGAUGGCAUCUGUGUUUGUCUGCCUGUUCCUUUCUGGAUUAGCUGUUUUUUUCCUUUUCCCUCGCUCUAUUGAUGUGAAAUACAUUGGUGUAAAAUCAGCCUAUGUCAGUUAUGAUGUUCAAAAGCGUACGAUAUAUUUAAAUAUCACAAACACACUAAAUAUAACAAAUAAUAAUUACUAUUCUGUUGAAGUUGAAAACAUAACUGCACAAGUUCAGUUUUCAAAAACAGUUAUUGGAAAAGCACGCUUAAACAACAUAACCAAUAUUGGCCCUCUAGAUAUGAAACAAAUUGAUUACACAGUACCUACUAUCUUAGCAGAAGAAAUGAGUUACAUGUAUGAUUUCUGUACACUGGUAUCCAUCAAAGUACAUAAUAUAGUACUCAUGAUGCAAGUUACUGUGACAACAACAUAUUUUGGACACUCUGAACAGAUAUCCCAGGAGAGGUAUCAGUAUGUCGACUGUGGGAGGAACACAACUUACCAGUUGGGACAGGCUGAAUAUCUAAAUGUGCUUCAGCCACAGCAGUAAAAAAUGAGCAAGAAGCAGGAAAAGAAGAAAUAUCUGCUGGUAUUUUUUUCUGAACUCUCAAACAUGAGGUACUUCUUAAUAGGAGAUCUUAAAUUUAACAAACCUAAAGUUUAUACUCCUGUUUUAAGAGUACAGUUAAAAACAUGUAGGCAUGCAGUUGUUACAACUCUACAGUCUGUGUUAUUUUUAAACUAGGAUUUUUUAUUUUAAUCUCAAUCACUGAUUGGUUUUCUUCUCCCUCCUGUUCCCAGAGGUGAAAACUGAAAUUUUCCUAGUAAAACUAUAGAUAAUUAAAAGUUACAGCUCCAGUCACUGUGGGAAAUAUGAUUUUAACAUGAAACAUGAACAUAAUUUGUGAACCUUUAUUCCUGAAUCUUUUUAUAGCCUAUUACUAAGACUAAUUCCUGGAAGACAUUAAAAAUAAUCUUAAUUCCUGUUUUAUAAAUUCUCAUUAUUUUAACUUUCAUCUGAACACUAGUUUUCUUUUUAAAAUAUUUUACUGAUUUCAUGUUUUGUCAGUCUUAUUUUAACCCAGUGUUUGUACAGUACUUAUGAACUAAAAUAAUAUUUGCAAUAUUCUGUUUUAAAAAAUUUUUAAAAGCAUCUAACUAAUGUAUGUCUUUUUAUGUUACAGUUUUGUGAAGUUUCUGUGUAAUCAUAAUAAUUUAAUGUAAAAUACUGUAAAUAAACUGCAUGGCAUUUAUAUAGCUUUACUAAAUGUUACAUAAAUUGUUAAAAACUGUUGUUGCUCAUAAAUAGGAAAAAUGAAAUUCAGAAACCUAAAGAAUGUGAAUAUGGCUUCAUUUGCAUAUUGGGUUAGACAUAAAGUGGAUUUGAAAAAAAAAAUUUUAUGUUCUGCUUUUUAAAAUCUUGCUUUUCAUACUUGAGAAUAUAAAGAUACUUAUUCUUAACAGCUUUUAGGUUCCUAGAUCAUCAGUUUUAUUAAGUGUUGUAGCGGAAAAAAUAAUGGUAGAAUUAUGCAAGGAAGGGGCUAGGUGUUGGCACACCUGGUUGAGCGCCCAUAUUACAAUGCUCAACGGUCCAGGUUCAAGACCCCAGUCCCCACCUGCAGGAGGAUAGCUUUGCGAGUGGUGAAGCCAUUUUACAGUUGUCUCUGUCUCCUUAUUACCUCCUUCCCUCUUGAUUUCUGGCUAUCUCUAUCCAAUAAAUAAACAUAAUAAAAAUUUU